CGCGCAAACCGUCAGUCGCAAAAAUACAAGCAACGAAUAAACUUGAAAAGUUAUACAAGUGAUCAAAGUUUUAAAAAUCUAUGAGAUCAAGAAUGUCACUCGUACCAAAGUUGUUUUCUCACUGGUGGGAAACACUUGAUCGUCCUCACCGAUUGAUGGACCAACACUUUGGAUUGCCUUUGAAUCCUGAGCACCUGUUCCGUGACUUCGAGAGGACCAUGCGUGAGUACGAAAGAAGAUUUCCAACAGCAUACUACAGACCAUGGGCUGAUUUGAUGAGAGACGAUGAGAAAGGAACUUCUGUCAUAAAAGCAGACAAAGACAAGUUCCAGGUCUCGUUGGACGUCCAGCAGUUCAAACCUGAGGAAAUAAAUGUCAAGGUCCAGGACAACUUCAUCGUCGUCGAGGGCAAACAUGAAGAAAAGAGUGACGAGCAUGGAACAGUGUCCAGACAAUUUGUUAGGAAAUAUUUGAUUCCUGAACAGUGUAUGCCGGAUAAGGCUACCAGUUCAUUGUCCACUGACGGAGUGCUGACCAUCACUGCACCCAGGAAACCAGAAGCUAUCGAAGCCAAGAAGGAAAAACCAAUAAAGAUUGAGUUCACCGGCAAACCUUCUAUUGAACAUGAAGAACCCAAAAAAGUCGCUGCUAAACAGUAAAAUUUAUAUCUAUAAUUAAAAAAUAACAUAAUUUAUAUUAUAAUUAAUUAAUAAGAAUUUUCUUUUGUUUUUUCAUUUAAAAAAAGUGCGCCAUUUUUCUACUUAAUCAUAAUUUUAUGUUACUCUUAUUUAUCAUUAGUCUUGGACUUGUAACUUUUUGUAAAAAAUAUGUAAAGUGAUGCAUUUCAA